UAUUUUCUUUCAUGUUGUUCAAAUUGUAUACUCAAACAUAGAUAAACACACGGACAUUUUCAAUUCUCGUAGCUUUGAGAAAAAGAUGUCGGCGCCCGCCUCCGAUGGAAAGCCAAAAGCUAUGGAGUGGACUGAAGAUCAUGAUGUUAUUUUGCUUCGAGAAAUUCUGGCGAGCGAUUUGUUUUCGUUCAAAAAUGGAAGUUUUGCCAGGCAAGAAAGGUGGGAAUCGAUCACAGAAAAGUCAAAUCAAGUGAAGACACUCUGUUUUCAUCUGAAAGAUAAAAGGGCAGUAAGAGACCGAUGGGUUCUUCUCCAGAAGAAGUAUAAGGCUAAGAUGCAUCAAGAACAAACUGCAUGUGGAAUAUCUGUGGACGACAUGUCUGAAAUAGAUGUUUUGCUUGAAGAAUUCGUCGGGAAAGAAGAAAGCUUAAACAAAGUUGGUGAUGCUCAGUAA